AUGGCAGCCAAACAAAAAAAUAUUUUUACACGUAGUAAACCACUUAUCGAUAUAUACAGUGGUGUAGAUCACGAAGGAAAAAAAGUUGAAGUUCGCGAAGAUGCGGAGCAAAUAGUAAAAUGGCAUGAAAUAUGUGACGCGCUGGUCGCUGCCGGUUAUUACCGAGCACAGUUGCAAGGCCUCUCUGCAUUUGAUAAAAUUGUGGGAGGUCUCUCCUGGUGUAUUGAGCUUUGUGACAUUGAUGUUGAUAUAAGUCUUCUUUUUGAAGAAAACCUGACAAUUGGGAAAAAGAUUGCUUUAACUGAAAAAAUUGUCAAAAUAUUGCCAACAAUGAAGUGCCCUUUUAUGAUAGAGCCUCAUCAAAUACAAGGCUUAGAUUUUAUAAAUAUUUAUCCGUUAAUUCAAUGGCUUAUUAAAUAUUCAAGUGAAUUUAGAGAAGUGAAAGAAGAUGAAUUAAGAAAAUUUGCUGUGUUGCAAUAUGACAAAGAUUAUAUAUUUGAAUGUGAUAGAUCCUAUUAUAUACAAAAGGAAAAACUGUUACGAAAUCUUUCUAUUGUACAAAAUCUGUACAAGCCAUGCAGGGUAAGGAAAAGGAAAGGUGGAUUUCCUACAAAUGAAUUAGAACAAGUAAACACUGUACUUUCCGAAUAUGAUCAGCGGAUGUUGAUGCAUGUCACAAGUAAUAAUGAAUCCAAAAAAGAUGAGGAUCUAGAUUUCUUAUAUGACUAUGAGAAAACCUUAGCCGAUCCUUCAGAAGUCACUACUACAACCGACAGUGCAAGCAUUCAAGAAAAUAAUAGUGAACCCCGUGAUAUAAAGAUGCACUAUGCAGUAUUACAUUCUGAAAUAACUGGAGACAUUCCAAAGGAGCUUGAAGACAGUGAAAAAUUGAAAUAUUCUGAUGACAUUACCAAGCUUACUAAAACAAUAGAAACAAUGGAGAAAGAAGUGGAAAUGUUAAAAAAGGUUCAUGAGAGUAGAAUGCAUGAUGCAAAGGAUAAAUAUUCAAACACAAUAAGCAAGCUACAAUUAAUAACUCAAAAACUAACAAAUUCAGAUAACUUUGGUGACAAAAAUGCCAAGGAUUUCUUUUCAUCCUUAAAGGAAUUGGCUAAGGAAAGGAAUGAACUGUUAAAAAUUAUUCAACACAGAGAAAUGGAGCAUAAAAAAUUAGAAGAGGAAUUAAGAAAUGCACAAGACUCAAAUAUAGAAGUAGAAGAGCAACCCUUAACAGAAACAGAAUCAAAAGAAUUUCAAGAAAGGGAGAGAAAGUUAAAAUCAUUCAUUACUAGUACAAGACUGGAGCUUGGCAAAUUAAAUAGACAAAUUAUGAGGUAUUCAGUUGCAAUUGAUGAAAUACCUGGUACAGCAGAAUUGUUGCAGUAUGAGAAAAGAUUUGUGGAACUGUAUAAUCAAGGUCUGCACAACACCAACAAAGAUUUCGACGCGAAAGUGUUGGCUUGGGCUGUCAUUCAGCAUGAGUUUAGCAUUCCGAUUCGAGGGUGCCCGAGAGGGCCGGACCUCGGCUCGAUCGUUGCUUCAAAACAUAAGGAAACUAAGCAGUAUUUUAUAUUUUAUAACACCCUUUAUGAAGUUAAACUUUAUACAUCAAAAGAACUUAGUCUACUUAAUUCCAUAUUGGAUAACUAUGAAGAGGCCAUGUCUUCUACAAGAAAAAGAGAAGAAUUUAUGACCCAGUUCGAAUCAAUAGUUGAUUGGGUGAAUCAAACUGUGAGAAAAGUGGAAGAAAAGUUUAAUACUGAAAAGGAGCAAAAAGCCACCCUGCAUGCUGAGUAUACACGGCUUAUUGAAGUUCAAAGACAGUAUGCAGCAGCCUUGAAAAAGUUGGCUGCAGAAAGACAUAAGAUCACCAGGGAGAUUAGAGUGUUU